GCUGCUGUUCUGCCUUGGGCGGACUUUAGCGCUCCUCAGUCUUGGCUCAGCCUUGCCCCUGUAGCCCCUUCUUGCCAUUGACUAGUAACUGAGUCCAGGGGGAGGAAGAGAGAAGGCACCUCUACACUACAGAAGAGUCGACAAAGGCCUGAGGAUAGCAGGCACAGCAACAAGUCACUGGUCAAAGGUGCUGAGGAGAUCAGGAGGUGCCUGGGAAUGGAUGUUCAACUGUUGGAAAUCCCCGCUGAGCUUGCAGCCCUUCUCCGCUUGGCUGAAGGUCAGCACCAUGCUCAGAUUAAUCAAGUCACCGAAGUUUCCCCACCAGAGGUCAAAGCAAAGGUUGAGCUCUCUCUGCCACCCGACAUCAAUACCUUUCCCUUCUCUACCUUCAUGAGAUCUCAUUUCCAGGAAGCAAGUUUCCCUGCCCUUGGGCAGCCUCUGCUACAGCCUUUGACCCGACUGGAUGCUGAGCACAAGCAAAAGGCUCUGCAGUUUAACAAACUAAUCCUGAGAUUCAUAAAUGAGAAGGACCUACCAAGCUGGCAGGUGGAACUCCUGGGUAACUAUAUAGCGCGUCAAGGGUUGGCCAGCCCCUCCCUGCGCAAUGAGCUGUUCAGCCAGGUGGCCAGUCAGGUGUGGAAGAACCCGGACCUGGAGCAAUGCCAACGAGGCUGGGUGUUGAUGGCUGCCCUCCUGAGCACAUUUGCGCCUUCGCCAUCUCUGGAGAAGCCCUUGCUAAAGUUUGUAUCAGACUGUGGCCUGGAGGGAUAUAAUGCCAUGUGCCAGCGCAAACUCCUGACAGUAAUGAAACAGAUGGAAGAUGAUUCCGAGAUGUCCCGUGCUUUCCCUCCCACUCAGCUGGAAUGGACCACCAAUCAGAGGAAAGGCAAGAUGGUGCUGGAUGUUUACACUUAUGAAGAGGAGAGGCUUUCAGCCGAGGUGGAAUCUUGGACGACGGGAGAGCAAUACGCAGGCUGGAUUUUGAGUUCAAGGGGCCUGGAUAAGCUCCCUCGUGGCUGGUCUGUGUCCAUGUUUACAGGCAAGAUGUGGCGAGAUUUACCAGGCUGUGACUUCGUGUUGGAUCUCAUUGGCGAAAUGGAGGAAAGCACCUGGUCCCCCGGAUCCUCCCCUAACUAUCCCAUAACACCAGAGAGGGAUGAAAGCUAUUCUCAGCAGAAUUCUCCGGAUAUGAUGCUCUUAAACAUCCCUCCUGCACCAGGCAUUCGGGCACCAUCAUUGCCUCCAAAUUUUGACAAAGAAUGUGUCGCCUAUUCAGAAUCAGGCAUCAGAGAUAGUCGAAGGUCCUCCAGAGGGACAGACUAUGAUGUAGAUGGUCUUUUCAUGCCAGUUCUGCAACAGGGAUCCAAGGCUCAUUUAUCAUUCCUGGAGAAUGAGGGAAGUCUGACGGGACGUAUGAAGGGAGGUGGGAAAAUUGGACCUACUCAGCAAGGUGUCUUUCCUACUGCAGGAUAUCUGGGGUCAAUGCACAUGCCCACUUACCAGGCUAUGCCAGCUAUGGGAGGAAUGAUGCCUGCAACCAUCCCACUGGUGCCAGGGCUAGGUGGAAUGGGAUCUAUGCCAGGUAUGGUUGUACCCCAGCCCAUGAUGUCAUCAGUGGAUCCCAACCAGUUAGCAGCAGCGCAGCAACAAGCCUUUAUGAACCAGCAGGCCUUGCUUAUGGCUCAGCAGAUGACUCUUCAGGCCAUGAACAUUUCCCAGCAGCAACAACAGCAAAGCCAGCCAAGAGGGAGGUCUCCUGAGACUACAAGGCCAAGGCAAAGAUCAUCAUGGAGGAGAUCUCCCGAAUCUCCAAGGCGAGCAUCACCACGGAGGAGAUCUCCCGAAUCUCCAAGGCGAGCGUCAUCACGGAGGAGAUCUCCUGAAUCGCCAAGGCGAGCGUCAUCACGGAGGAGAUCUGAAUCUCCAAGGCAAAGAUCAUCACGGAGGAGAUCUCCUGAAUCUCCAAGGCAAGCGUCAUCACAGAGGAGGUCUCCCGCAUCUCCAAGACCACGUCGAGCAUCACUGCAGGAAAAGUCACCUGAACCUUCAAGACCGAAAAAAGCUUCUUCUCCUCCAUCUAAACCAUCCCUGACUCCUAAACCCAGCAACAAAGAUGUGUUGAUGCCAGUUGGACCAGACUCUCCCCUUCAGCUACCAGCAGCGAUUCGUAUCUCCCAGGAAAAGCAAGUUUCAGACGUGAGACAAGACACCAUCUCUCGUGAGACUUUCCAUAAGAAAAUUGAGUACUUCCAGAGAAUGGGGCAGAAUAUAAACCCUGUGGGAAAACGCCCUUUAAAGAGGUGGAGCCCUCCAAGGAAACUAAACUCUGAGGAUCAAGAAGGAUCUCAAAGAGCUAGUGCUGAACCAAAUUCAGGCCCUGCUCCUCCUUCUGCACAGAAAGACAAUGACCAAGAAAUUCAAGCAAGCAAGCGCCUGCCCCCUAGGGUGACGCAUUUAGAACUGACACCAAAAAUUGAACCCAGCAAGGAGAUACAGAAAAUCAUUAAGACACACCAGAGCCGGCCAGUCCCGCCACCAAAACCCAUCCUGCCUGUUGGAAAUGUCUCAAAACCGUUUUUGAAGAAGAAUGACCCAAAAGAGGAAGCUCUGGCAAAACUAGGGAUUGUGGGAUCGAGUCCUUCGCCGCCCCUCUCUGCGUCCCAAGAGAGAAGCCCUCAAGCAACUCCUCCUCCUUCACCAUCACCACCCCCAGUCAAGCUGUCCAGCACCAUCAAAGAAAAACAGCAACCCCUCAUGAACCUUUUUGCUCGGACUCCCAUCUCUCCUCCUGCCUCAGGAGUCCCUCUUCCUCAUCUUGUCCCUGGGCCGCCCCCACCAGCACCAUCUGUUCCUUCAGACAAUAUCACUGGCUUGAAAAGCUCAGGUUUGACAGCAAUGGAGGAAAAUGCCACUUCCAAAACCCAGCUCUUCAAUCUUGCAGCUAGUGUCUGCUUCUCCUAUGCCAACCCUACUUGGAAACUCUUCCUGCGUAAAGAAGUUUUUUACCCCAAGGAAAACUUCAGUCAUCCUUAUUGCCUGAAUCUGCUGUGUGACCAGAUCAUGAGAGAUACUUAUUCAGAGUCAUGCAUUCGGAUCUCCAAAGAAGAGAAGCGCAAGAUGAAAGAUCUGUUAAUGGAGUUCCAGGUAGGCAUGGAUUCCAGCUCCAUUCCUGAAGAUGGAAUGAAGAAGAGAAUUGUGGUGGCUGCUCGUGAUAACUGGGCCAACUAUUUCUCUCGUCUUUUCCCAGUGAAGGGAGAAAAUGGGAGCGAUGUCCAAAUUCUGGGUGUUUCUCACCGGGGACUGCGACUGUUGAAGAGGGCAAAAGCAGCCAACUGCAGUCCUGAGCAUCUGAAAAUCCUUUGCAGCUACAGUUACGCGGAAGUGCUGUCCUUAGACCUGAUUGGCAGGAGCGUCGUUCAGUUCACUCUGAAGAGUGAGCAGCUCCUCCUUCACUCUCCAAAGGCCCGGCAGAUCAAGGCCAUGGUGGAGCUCUUCCUUCAUGAACUGAAACAGGAUUCCAGCUAUGUCAUUGCUCUGCGUAGCUACGUGACAGAAGACAAGAGCCUCUUAAACUUCAAGAACGGUGAUUUCAUCCGGCUGCUGCCCAUGAAUGGACUGGAGCCAGACUGGCAGUUUGGUUCUAUUGGUGGUCGAUCUGGCCUUUUCCCUUCCAGCUUGGUUCAGCGGGUAGCAGCUCCUGAUUACCUCAGCCUCCAUUUGAACAGACAGGAAGAGAUGAAGAGAGAGCCACAGGAGAGACUCUUUAACAAGAAGAACUCUACCCACAGCUUGAAGUCAGACAUCUCUGGCACAACUACUAAGAGCACUUCCUCUUCUGACAUCUGUCACUACACGAUGGUUGAGUUUGCCAUGGCGCACUUCCGGGAAGCCCAGUCAAUGCUAGAAUGGAAGAGGACAAACACUGUCCAGAAUAACCCAGAUCUCUUAGUCCAACAUACUAAGGUACCAAUCCAAGAAUCGCUCCUGUUCUGCUCUGACAGUGAAAUGAAUGAGCUAGCUGCAAAAGGUUUCAUGACUCUAAUGAGGUUCAUGGGAGACCAACCAUGUCUGAAGGGCCAAAGUGAGGUUGAUUACAUCUAUGAAAUCCUCCAGAUGUGCAAAGAGAAGGAGAAUUUAAGGGAUGAGAUUUAUUGCCAAUCCAUCAAGCAAAUCACCGAGAACCCCAAUCAGGACAGCUGCCACCGAGGCUGGCAGUUGUUGAGCCUCUUGACUGGAUACUUCCUCCCUUCCAGCAUCUUGAUGCCAUAUGCCACCAAGUAUCUGCAGCAGGCCAGCUCUGACAUCAAUAGCCCUUGCUCAGAAAUGGCUAGGAUUUGCCACAGCAACCUGAGGAAACUGGUCAUGUAUGGGGCCCGCCAACACCUGCCAUUCCGUGUGGAGAUGGAGGCAUUUCUGAAGGGACGCAGAUCACGUCGGGUGCCGAUCAUCCUGCCUGGAGACCAGAGAUAUGACACACGAAUCAACACAUUCACAGUGGCUGCAGAUGUGGUGAAGGAAAUCUGUGAGAAGAUGGGAGUCACUGACCCAGAGGAGAUUCAGGAAUUUGCCAUCCUCGCUAGUAAAGAUGAUGGAAAAGUAGUACAACCCUUGGGCCAAAAGGAAUAUAUCCAUGACUAUUUGCUAGAGGAAAGUUCGAUAGGGCUGAGUUUCUGCAGGAUCACCUGGAAGACGUCCUUGCACUUUGAGAAUACAGCUUACAUCAACAUUCACUACCACCAGGUGUUGCAGAAUUAUAUAAAAGGGAAACUGUUGUUGCCGCACAGAGGCGAACUAAAGCAGCAAGUGGGUGCCUUUGCUCUGCUCCAGCACUGGGCCAGGGGAUUGGAAUCUAUGCCUUCCAUACAGGAGUUAAGAGAUUACUCCCCUGAGCCUGUGGUACAACUCAUCGAUCCACCAACCCUUCAAGCGUCUGUCACCAACCUAAUGGAGACCAUGAAACCACUUGGGCAACAAGAGGCAAAAAUCAGUUUCAUUGAGCACGUGAUCCAACUGCCCCUUUUUGGCUACAAUGUUUACCCUCUGGAGAGGAUCAGCACACCUGGGAUUUCCAUGCCUUGCAUUGUAGGAGUGAAUCAGGAACAGAUUGUUGUAAUAGACGGGAAGUCUCAGGCGCUUCACUGCCUGAUUCCACUGAAGGAGGUAAAGAAGAUGCGAACUUUGCGGCCCCUUGAUGCUUCUGGCACUCCUGGCUUGGAAGUGAGCUAUGGCUCAGCAGAGGAUCCCAAAACUAUAUGGUUUGAAUUGAAACAGGCAAAAGCCCUGUAUCAUACAAUUGCCAUCAUUGUGGAAGAAGCAGAGUCCCCCAGUCAGUGGUAAACCACAGAAGACUCACAGCAAUGUAAUUUUUAUCCCUGAAAGAGUCCACAAACCCUUCAAGUUUGUUGAGGAUACAUUUUCCCAGUUUUGGAACUGUCCUUUUCCCAAACAGUAUUCAUUGCAACCAUCUGAAUAAAAGCUUU